CUGACAGUCAAAAGCCGCGAGGAGCGUGCGGCAGGGCGGCACAGGGAGAGGAACACGCUCCGGAGAAGUUGUGCACCGACAGGAGGCGAGUUGUUCUCGUGCGCUCGGACGAACACGCACAGCGACGAGCGCGGGGCUGGAUCACAUGAGGAAGGCGGAGGACAGAUCGGUGCUGCGCGAAAUGAAACCUCCGUCGACGGGACGAUUAUAGUUGAUGAGAGGAAGAAAAGAGAAGUUACUGCUGCUGGCAGAGGAGAGGUAGUUUUGUUGCUUCUCAUUUGGACCAUUGUCCUCAGGCAGCUGCUCUUUCAAUGUGGGAUACAGUUUUGCUGCUCUAGCCAGGCUGAAAUCCCCCAGGGUCAGGACCUCCCUCAUGGCAGCUCUGCUCCUCGGGCUGCUGCUUUUUGCAAUGCAGUCUCCCCCCAUCCCCUCAAGACCGUUGGCUGACGAGGGGCCAACUUCACCUCCCACCUCUUCGGCCGCUGACAACGGGACCACCGCCCACCCAAAUGGGACCGUCCAGCAGCUUCCUCAGAUUAUAAUUAUUGGUGUGAGGAAGGGGGGGACGCGGGCUCUGAUUGAGAUGCUCAGUCUGCACAGCGCGGUGGCGGCGGCGCAGAACGAGGUGCACUUCUUCGACUGGGAGAGCCACUGGGAGAGGGGCAUGUCUUGGUAUCUCAGCCAGAUGCCCUACGCCUUCCCCGACCAGCUGACGGUAGAGAAGACGCCGGCCUACUUCACUUCCAGCAAAGUCCCCAAGCGCAUCCAUCAGAUGAACCCUGACAUCAAGCUGCUGCUCAUCCUCAGAGACCCCACAGAGCGGGUGCUCUCGGACUACACCCAGGUCUUUUACAACCGUCUCCAGAAGCACAAGCGCUACCAGCCCAUCGAGUCCGUGCUGGUGAAGGACGGCGAGAUCAACCUGGGAUACAAGGCUCUCAAUCGCAGCCUGUACUACGUGCACAUGAAGAACUGGCUGCAGUACUUCCCACUGGAGAGCAUCCACGUGGUGGACGGGGACGAGUUGAUCAGGGACCCCUUUCCUGAGAUGAAGAAGGUAGAACGGUUCCUUAAGCUGGAACCCCAGAUAAAUGCGUCAAAUUUUUACUUCAACAAAACAAAAGGAUUCUACUGUUUGAGAGACCACGGGCGAGAGAGGUGUUUACACGACUCGAAGGGCAGGGCUCACCCCAACGUGGCUCCUGUCAUCCUGCAGAAACUCUACCAGUUCUUUCACGAACCCAACAAGAAGUUCUUUGAGCUGGUGGGUCGGACAUUCAACUGGAAAUGAGGGUCUGAGUCUCAGCAGUCCUUUGGGGAUGUCCUGCUCUCGUUACUAACAGUGUAGAUGACGGGACAAAGCUAAUGUAAAUUCAAACUAAAUCUAUUUUUGUACUAGUGCGUUUGUUACAGGAGUGGGAUUGAGCCAAAUAUCAGGGCGAACUGCAGUCCAUUACUGCAGCUCUUUAUCUUUUCUUUCUCAAACGCUCACUGCUCAUCAGCUCGUCGGAGCAAAGCGGGCGACUUGUUCUGACAUUGAUGAUGACAUUCAGACUUUGGACAGUGCCAGUUUGUGUGUUACAUAAAGAUAUAGUACCAGGCAGUUUGAUAUUGUCACACCUUGUUUCUCUUCACAUAAUAUGACGUUUAGAGAUCUAAACGACCUUUACCAUGCUGCUAUGAUUUUCUCAGUCACUUUCAGGCACUCGCCAUUACUGAAUAUGUAUUUGUCCUUUUUGUUGCUCAAAAUGUUUCUCCAUGUAAGAGUCGGUUAUAUAAAAUGCUCUGUGCACAUCAUAAAUUUGCCGAUCAUCACGAUGUACUGUUCAUAGAUUUUUAGAAGUGAAGAAUUAAUAUCAUAAUAAAGAUGUAUUUUAUUUAUA